CGGGACUGGGACUGGGACUAGGAACUAGACGCUGAUGGCCAUGCCGCUGGGGCUGGGGAGCGGCUGGUUGUCAGCCCGUCUCCCGGGGCUGCUGCCCGUUCUCUUGCUGCUUCUUCUGGUGCUGGCCGUGCUUGUCGCCCUGCGCCUGUGCUUCACUCCCCUGCAGCUCCUCCGAGCCCCGCACCAGGUCGGCUACAUCCCUGAGCCCGGCACCAGCAAGGGCCAGGCGGCCAACCAAGUUAGGAGGAGGCGGAAGAGAGGCGAGCUGCCCCCAGUCUAUCCCAAUGGCUGGUACUGGCUCUUGGACUCGGACGAACUCCGUCAGGGCCAGGUGAAGAAUAUCACCAUCUUCGGGGAGCAGGUUGCAGUGUAUCGUGGCCAGGAUGGACAGGCCCAUGUCGUGGAUGCCUAUUGCCCUCACCUGGGCGCUAACCUGGCUGUGGGAGGGCGAGUGAUGGGCAACUGUAUCGAGUGCCCAUUCCACGGCUGGCAGUUCCGCGGUGAGGAUGGCAAGUGUGUAAAGAUUCCGUAUGCAGAGAAAGUGCCGGACUUUGCGAAAAUUAAGACCUGGCCAUCGUGUGAGCUGAACUGUGCGGUGUUUGUGUGGUUUCACUGUGAUGGUAUCGACCCGAGCUGGAGCAUUCCUGAGCAGGAGGAGAUCCAGUCCAGAGAGUGGGUGUACCGUGGGAGGACAGCGCAUUAUGUCAACUGUCACAUCCAGGAGAUCCCGGAGAACGCAGCUGAUAUUGCUCACCUGUUCCACCUGCAUACCCCCAACGUGUUGAGUGGAGCUGAUCUACGCUACACCAGGGCCAAGCUCUGGGGCUUUGCCCAACAUGACUGGAAGGUGGAAUGGCACCCAGAGCCUGAACCUACCAAACACUGCUCGCGGAUGUUGGUCAAUCACUCCCUGUAUGUCCUUGGCUGCCACUGCUCUCUCCUGGAUGUCCAUAUUGUUGCCAGGCAGGUGGGUCCUAGCAUAGUCUACCUGCUGUUCAACCACUCAUUCCUGGGUCGCGGAAUGAUCCUGCAUUGUGUGACGCCUGUGGAGCCUCUGCUGCAGAGAGUGAGCCAUCGCAUGUAUUACCAGGCCAACAUUCCCCCCAUCGUCCCCAAGUUCAUCCUGAAGGCCGAGUGUAUUCAGAGGGAUUCUACAAGUAUUUGA